AGAUGCAUUUCAGAGGAUACCUAUCAUGAAAUAGCAGCGAUAAGUUGUUCCGCGAGUUGCGGUUUACUAAUAGCAAUCACAUGGAAUGGUCUUGUAUUCUGUCGUGUCGGUAUCACGUCAAAAUGUCCAUACGGUAAAGGAUGGAGAUCAUUUGCGUCACCGUGCAAUCUGCCAGUGAUCAGUGUAGCAAUGGGACGACGAGCCUUAUGGAUGGUCACGUCUAGUGGAAGGGUUCGAUUUGAAUCACUUGUUCAUAGCCAGGAAUCUGGUUCUGAGGAUUGA